AUGGAGUCGAACACGUCGGACUUGGAUUACAUGACCUCCCCUUCACCUCCUUUCUUCCAAUGUGACUACACUGAUUGGUCUCCAUCUUUCUCCAUCAUCCCCUGCGUCUACUUGCUGGCCUUUGCUCUGGGUUGCCUAGGCAACGCUCUGGUGCUGUGGGCCUACCUGGACCGAGUCGACGGGAGGAGGCGUAAUCUUAAGGGACUUUACAGGCCUUGUUGUUGGAAUGAGAAGGAGUGUGGUUACCGCACUAGGAGAAACACUUCCUCCAGCUCCUCCUCAUCCGCCACAACUCAGCCUUGCUCCCUGACUGACUCUUUGAUAGCUAGCCUAGCUUUAGCAGACCUGUGCUUCCUCGUGACCCUUCCCCUGUGGGCGGUAUACACGGCCCUGGGGUACCACUGGCCAUUCGGGCAGACACUGUGCCGUCUCAGCAGCUUCCUCACCGCCCUCAAUAUGUAUGCCAGCGUCUUCAGCCUGAGUGUCCUCAGCGUGGAGCGCUACUGGGUUCUGACCGGACUACGUCGCCGCCGCCCACCCGGCCAGGCCCCAUGGGUGUUGGCAGGGUUAUGGUUGCUAGCUGGGGUUCUGGCACUUCCCGGCUUGCUGCUGCGUUCCGUUCAGGAGGCCGACUGGCCGGAUGAGUCAGGUUCCGUAGCGUGCCAGAUGGACUACUCCGCCCUGAUAGGUGACGAACUCGACGAGGACGAGAGAGAGCGUGCCCAGUUGUGGUGGGCGGCGGUCCUGAGCCUCAAGUCCACGUUGGCCGGCUUCCUGUUGCCCCUAGUCAUCCUACUGAUGUGCUACUGUUCCCUAGCCCGACUUCUCAGCCGACACUUCGGCCGUGGACCUCGACCUGACCGCCGCCGCCAGCGUAGGCUCCUCAGGGUCAUCGUAACCCUGGUAUUGGCCUUUUUCCUUUGCUGGCUUCCUCUGCACGUCAACAAGAAUUUGUCCCUACUCCUGGAGUUUGGGUACCUGCCGUACUCUUGCACUUUGGAUCAGAUUCUGCUGGCGGCGCACCCGUACGUCACCUGCGUCGCCUACCUUAACUCCUGCCUCAACCCACUGCUGUACGCCGCUUGCGACCCAUCUUUCUGUAAGAGGUGCAGGCAGAUGCUUAUGCUACUGUGUGAAGCACGAAGGAGAAAAGAAGUGAAAAUAAUUUUGUCCCAUAAGGAGGUGGUGGAAAGGAGAUCAGACAGCCCUAUGAGGACACAGGAGGAAACUGCAGACAAGAUUCAGGAGACGGACAUGGUCACUGAAGGGCAAGCAGUUUAG